UGGUGGAUGGUAUAAAGCCAAGGUGCUCCUCGGAGCGGCACACACGGGCCCACGCCAGCGCAGCCAUGAGGAGCGCGGUAGUAAUAUUCUCAAUGGUGGCCGCGAUUGCGGCAGAAGCACCAUAUCAUCUGCCGCGACCGGCGGCGCACGCACCGUCGUUCAACUAUCCCUCAGCGCCGCCGCCGCCACCGGCUCACGCACCGCCGCCACCGCCCCCGCCUCCGCCAGCGUACCCGCACCAGCAUCCGCACCCGCAUCCUCACCCUUAUCCGCAAUCACAACCGCAGUUUGUUCAAUACCCACCACAACCUGCGCCUGCACCACAGUAUAAUCCAGGAUCUGGUUAUCACUAUUCGCAACCCGCUCCUCAGCCCCAACCCCAGCCCCUUAUACACUCCCAUCCUCCACCCCCUCAACCCCAGCCCCAGCCUCAGCCCCAUAUACACUCCCAUCCUCCACCCCCACAACCUCUUCCAAUUAUACCCUAUCCUCAGUAUGCGCAGCCUCAACCACAACCUAUCCCUCAGAUACCACCAAGCUAUACUUAUGCCCAACCUCAACCAGCCUCGGCCCCUCGGCCUGCACCCGCUCCGGUGCAGCCGGCGCCCCUGCCCACCUACUUAGCGCCUCUACCUGGAUACUCCACGCCUCAGGCCCAACCCGCGCCACCCGCCCAGCCAAUCCCAAACCCUCAGUCGCAACUUCAACAAGGAUACACGUACCAGCAACCUCAAGUCCAAUUCCCGGCGCGGCCACUUCAACCGCAGCCUCUUUAUGCACAACCCCUUCAACCGCAGGCUCUUCAGGCGCAACCUCUACAAUCGCAGCCUCUGCAAACGCAACCUCUACAAUCGCAGGCUCUCAGCAAUAACGUGGCAUCGUCUGCUUGGUCCAGCUACCAGGCGGAUAAUAACCAAUACAGCAGUGCAAGUCUUCGGUCGCACGGAGAGGCUUUAGACGCAACAGUUGUCGACCGAGUUCAGAAUAUUAUAAAAGAUAAUGAGCACACUGCGGCAAGAAACGCCGGCUAUGAAUCCCUUGUUUCUGGAGUUACAUUAGAACAGGCCAGACCUAGUAUAGAGAUCUCUUCUUUUGUUCAUAAUUCUCCUCUUCAAAUCACCCAAACUUCGGAACAUAAUUCAAUCGAGCAGUCGUCGUCUAAUCAGUCGUCAGAGGCGUCCGUGACGUCAGUCUCUGGAGCGGCGUCAGCUGCGGCGCCCUCGCAGGACUACGGCUUGCCCACGAUCACUGCCAACAGCCAGGCAUCACAACUAGACGCAACUCAUAGUUUUCUGCCCCAAAACCAACCCGCUACGUCAUACGGCACGCCGUUAUAACCGUGUACCUAUUUA